AUGGCCAACAAGUUGUCCCCAAAACACCUGCAAUUUGAGAAACAUAAAAUGAAGGUUAACCUGGCGGCACAAACACUAAGUUCAUCGGUAGCAGAUGCAAUUGAAUUCCUGGAAAACGUAAUGGAGCUACCUGACUUUACAGACAGCCAAGGAACAGUAAUAUUUUGCAGAACAAUUGACAGACUAUUCGAUAUGCUAAAUUCUCGCAACCCAUUAGGAAAAGGGUACAAACAACCCCUCAGAUUGAACACACAGGAUAUUUGGGAAUCAACAUUAAGAUCUACGGCUGAUUACCUACUAUCUUUGAAAACAGAUACAGUUCCUGCUCAACUUCUUUCAACACAUCCUCGAAAGACAUUUAUAAUUGGUUUUGUAGCAGACAUAAAGUCAACAAUUGAAAUGGCCCAUGAAAUGCUAUCAAGCACCAACAACCCAUUUAAAUAUGUGCUAACAUACAAGUACUCACAAGAUCAUGUUGAACUGUUCUUUUCAUGUAUACGAGCACAAGGUGGCUGGAACAACAACCCCAACACUUUACAGCUGAAAUAUUCCCUGCGGAAAAUGCUACUGAGAAAUGCCGUAACUGCAUCAAAAAAUGCAAACUGCACAGAAUUUACAGACCUAACCACAAUCACCUCGACUGUGAUACCUUUUUUUCAUAAGAGGAAGCACAAAACCCCCUUACUGGACAAGGAUGCUGAGGAGGAAGAGGAGGAAGAUGAAGAACAACCCAUGGUAGAGCUAUUGGAUCAAAAAGGUCACAGUGACUUCACCGCCAACAUAUUGUUCUACAUCGCAGGAUAUAUUGUAUCAAAACUGGUAAAGCUGCUUACAUGUCCUGACUGCAUCACUAGCCUAACUUCCCAACCAUCUACCAACCCUGAUCAGGAUUGCUGUGGUGUUCGGUACAACAGUGCUGCAGCUGCAUCUGCCUUUACACUGUUUGUGAACAAUGGUGGUCUGAAAAUACCGUCAAAAUCUGUGUUCCAGAUCAUUGAGUAUGCUGAGCUUGUGUUUAAACGAAACGUAUGCAAAGAAGGAAAAAGCAUUAGUAACAAAAAAAAUCUGAAGAAGACAAUGAUUAUGAGCGUUUGUCACCACUUUGUUGAUAUACACCAAGUCCUGUUUGCAGAACAUGAAGACAUCAACGAAAGAGUGUUCGAAGAUGAACAUCGGAUAAAGCUUGUCAAACACUGUGCUGACCAAUAUCUUACACUGCGUCUUUUUACUUAUGCGAAACGUUUUAAUGCAAAUGUGGUACAAAAGGGACAGCCAAGUGACAGGCAUCAUUUAACAAAAUUAAUCCUAUUCAAGGGACAAUAA